UUUAACCCAGCUAACCAAAUGAUAUAUACAUAAAAUAGCCGUUGAGCUUGUGAUCAAAUUUUCCCGCGAUGACCUGAGGUCUGUGGUAAAAUUGCAUGUACAUGUUAUGUAGGCUUAUCCGAAGGUUUGUGAUCAGACGUGAUUAAAUCGGGGAAGCAAGGUAUAGGUUAAAAUAAAUGACGUGACGCCUAGCCAAGAACCCUACAACUAGUCGUAGAAAGCUUACGUUUACACAGUUAUAGAUGAAAGCCGCACUGCGAAUGGGCCAAUUUGCUUCUAUUCCAACCACCAAUCAUAGUUCAGCUUUCAUUUGGGUUGACAUGUCCGGACGUGUCGACCAGCAGUGUAAACUAAAUGCAGAAACCUAACUGAUGGUUCAACAUGGGCAAAAGAAAGCCAGCCCUGGAGUUUGCUGAUAGCUGUUCCCAUAAUAAUGAGGAUCUCAAGCCUACAAGGCGAUCUCGUCGAAUUGGAAAUAUGCACCCGAAGCAGACAGAGCCGAGCACAGUUAUGGAUGGUGACAGCGAUGACGAUUUUGUCACACUGCUUCCAAGCAAAACAGCGGCAACGACAUCCGGUGACAACAGCUUGCUCCAGCGCAGUCAGAGGCAUCAGCAGCGGACCGAACUCAAGCACCAACAAGAGCGACAGACCCUUCAAAGAAGUGCAGAAGAAUUGAGACAACAGGAGGAAGAUGAUAUAAUGAGGGCCAUUGAGCUUAGCAAACUUGAGAUGGAGGCAGAGCAGUGGGGGUCUGAGUCCCAGGGUGACUGGCAAAGCGCAUUUCCUCUGGAAACCCGAGAGCGAGAAGGCAACAGCCGAUUACCACAAACCCCAAGCAAAUCUGUUCCCAACCGAUCCCAGGCAGCAGAUGCUCCUUCUCAAGAGCACUUGUCGGAGCCGAGUUUCCAAAGCAGUUUUAAAAAGCACUUGCUGACUGCAUGCAGAGGUUUAAAAGAUUACUUCGGUAUAAAGACCGAUCCGACUGACUCUGCAUCUUCCCCCUCAUCAGUCUUGAGUGAUGACUGUGAAGGGGAAACAACCCCGCUGAAAAUGGUGCAGUCCAAUACCAACGAUUGCAAUGAAUGGCAGGAUAUGAUGGACAGUGUAGACUGGGGCGAUCCAUCUCUGCCAACAGCGGUGGCAGGUAGUGAAAGAGGCACACCAGACAUGAACAACGACUCUGUCAGGGGAGGUGGAAAUGAAAGCCAAAAAGAUGAUAGUAGCCAACAUCAAAAUGACACCAACAUAUGCACACGUACCUCAGAUCGUUUACGGCUCCGCAAACGUCACAUUUGCAAGGGAGAUGAGCCUCAGCCAGAGCAACAGACCAAGGUGCGGAAGAUGCAGACUCCCCCCGACCCAGGCUCCCUGGAUCCGCUAGAGGAGUCUGGGGAGGAAGAAGAGGAGGUCAACGUGGUGAGCGACGAGGAGAUCAUGUCCGGCCAAGGUGGGCAGGAGAACCAUGACUCAAGCCAGAGUAGACGACAUCUUGAGGUCUAUCAACUGGUUGAUACCAGAAAGCCUAGAUGGAGGAAGCACCCGUUUUAUGCUCCUCGGAAUGUCAGCAAGACCUCCUACUCCAGAGUCAUCUACCAGCUGCUCCAGGCCUACUGCUGUCGACUGCGCCAAGCCCAGAUGCGGAUUCCGAAUAGGAUCAGCUGGGGCAACCCAGUUGUGACUGGUAACUGCUACAGCGACACACUGGUGCACCGUAAGCGGGGCAGCAGGGCUUGUGUCUUUUACGCUCCCAGUGACAGCGAGGAUGAAGGUGGGCCAUCGGUUCCAGGAAAAGCUGAAGGGCCUUUGAGGGGCAGACUGCAGAAAUGGAGGAAAAAACAGGUCGCUGACACUGACGACAACGCUGACUCAGACUUUGAGGAUUGUAUCCCCCUAGGCCGUCGCAGGGCACAAGGGCGCUCAAAGUUGGCUACUCAGGACGUUGUUGAGAUGCUGAAGCAGGAUGGUCGCUGCUUUGAGGAGGACAGGGCCGAUGAAACACUGUCACCAACAUUGGAACAACAGCAUAUGGAAACCCAGGAUUUUGCCACGAUAGCUGGAGAUGCUUCUAAGAGUGCUGGAUCGGAGUCUGAUUCUAGUCAGCCUAUAGUACGACCAUCUCCUUCACCCCUCAGUGUCCAUAAUCCUGAUGACAGCAAAACUUCUCAUGAUCAAACAGAUAGUCAGAGUAGCCUAACGGACGUCUUUCAAGCAUCCUCCAGUAACGAAACUAGUAGUGGGACGAAGAUGGCUGCAAGCAGCACAGGCCAAAAUUCUGGAACUCCUCAUAAGGGCCCGAGUACAAAGUCUAGUCUUGGUCGCAGGAAGGGCACUAACCAAGAGAGUGAGACUGGUAACGAGGAAGAUAGCUUUGUUGAGGAGAUACUUUCCUCAUGUAUCCCCAAAGCCACUUCACAUUUUGGUGAAAAUGGCCUGCAGAGAAAUCAUUCUGAAACCAAACGUGUGACCUGUCUCCCAGACAGCCAAUCCUUAGACCGUUCUAUGAUCAGAAAUACCAUAGCAUCUGCAGAUAAUGAAGAAAUUCUGCAUGGUCAGGAAGAAAGGGAGGAUGUAACUAGUCUUAGAGAAACAUCAUCUCCCACGUUAGGUCCUCAGAACAGUGCCAGGACUCUGGGUUCAUCAUUCGAAGAGCAGAGAUACCACUUUUAUAAGUCAGUGCCUGCAUUGCAGAGACUGAAGCAAUUUCGUGGGGAAGUGAAGAGAGAAGAGUGUGUUUCAGAUGCUGACAGUUCCUUGCAGGAUGGCAGUGUCCAAAGCUUUGUGGAGCUUUCCAGGACUGACAGCUCAGCAAAAUGUAGUCAGCAAAGUGAGAAUGACUUACCUGUAUCUCAUAGCAAACUUGAUAUCAAACAAGGAUUGAAUAAGCAGCAAAGAGAUGGUAAUGGUUUAAAGGAAAGUGUGCUCAAGAGACAGCCAUCUCCAUGUAGUGACAGGCAGCAAUCCUUGGCUAAUAGCAGAAGUGCCUUGAAGCCACAGGAGGAAUUGACAGAUGGUCAAAGUCCCAAGGAAGACAGCUCAGAAUGCCAUAGUUGUGCUAAGAAGCUUGAACCAGAUGAAUCUUGGGAUGAUGUAGAAGAUGGCCCAGCACAGCUUGAGGACGAAGAUUACGGUGGAGAAAGCAACGACUAUGAUAAGAGUGAAAAUCAGGACAGGGAUGAGAUGGCAUGGAGACAAGAAGAGGAAGAAGACAGUGUCCAGAGCAUCGACGAGGAGGAUGGGACAGUGAGAGCUAAUGUGGAGAAGGAGCAGGAUGCAGGUUUGGAUACAGAGAUGAGUGAACACGCAGAUGCUGGAGGGGAUGAAAUGUCCAAUGACACACAUCAGGGAGAAACAGAGGAAGAUGAUGAUGUUGGAUGCGAGGAAGAGGAGGACAUCAUUACAGUUGAAGACAGAGAUGAGGAUGCUGUUGAAGACACACGUCAUUCCACAAUGGUUGGCGUGGAAUGUCCCUUGUGCAGUGUUGACUAUCCCAUCGACCAAAUUGAAGCCCACGCUUCUGCAUGCUAUGGACCCAUAUCGCCCACACAGGAAGGAGAAAGAGUUGGAGGGCAGAAACCUGUUACAGACACAAGAGGAGCUUCGCCUACAAAUAAUGGUGGUGAAGGGUCAGCAGGACCGCCCAGAGCUGCGGGUCACAGGGACAAAACAGCAAAUGAAAAAGCUAAUUCAAGAAUCGUGAAGGGAGUAGCUGCCAGAAUUGUUCAGGAACAUGACCCAAAGGGGACUAUUCACCACACUCAGGACUCUUUAAUGAAGAGGUCAGACCCAGACCUGGAUCUUGAUGACGACAGCAGUGAGAGCUUCUCAGAGUCAGCAGACCAACUGGACGCCAGCCUCCUGCAGUUGGUCGAGGACAACAAGCUCCAGCUUCGCGAGAGGAAGAGAGUUAGGGUACCAGAUCGGCCGGCAAAACGGCCAAAACUGGACACUGCAGGGAAGAGUAGAGAUGAGACCAGCAGGAGUAAGGAAGAGACAGAAGUGUGCUUCAUCUGUAAUCAGCAAAUUCCCAAGACGGUCUAUGCUGAGCAUGUGCAGGAGGAGAUUGACCGUGUUGAGGCAGAGAACCAUACAGAAGACUCGGCAGUCCCACUUGGACGUGCCCUGCGGCGCAGGACGAUAGCCUCAUCUAGAGCGGCUGCUGGUGGAGAGUCUAGCCGGGAGGCCGAGAAUAGCAUAGACCAGUCAGUCACCGCAAGUGGUAUGAGCCCUGCCACCUCCUGGGAUGGGGACUCACAAUCAUCAGAUGAUGAUGACAGCUCGCAGACAGCACUGGAAGAUGCUAUCUUUAAUCCCCGGGUAAGCCAAUCACCAAUCAAGGCCUUCCGACCAAUCAGCAAGCAGCCCAUGAGCUUGAUUGACUUCAAGAACCAGUUCAACAGCAGUGGGGACACCAAGUGGACUGGCAUCGCCGCCAGCUCUGCAAGGGGGAAAAGUGUGAGGCGUGGGCGUGGGAGAGGAGGCAGAGGGGGGAAAAUGAAACAAAGCAAGAAACGCCGAAGGUUUCUGAAAAAGUAAUGUUUGAAUUACUUUUGAAAGUCCACUCUAAAAUGAGUAGACAUUUGCAUAUAACAAGGAUUGUCUGUACAGUUCAAAUCUUUUUACAUUGGUGAAACUGACGGAAGUACAAUCCCACUAUAAUUUGAAAUAUAUGUGUGCUUUCCCCAACAUUGAAAAUUUCAUUUUCCUGGACACUGUUUGCAGAGCCUCAUGUUUGUUUAUUUGUGUGUGUGGGGUGAAAAUCAACCUGUUUGUUUAUUGUGAAUUCAGGCCCUAACUGAUAAUCGAUAUUAUAACAUGUAGCAAACAUUUUGCACCCUAAAUAAUCUGAUGAAACAGUUCUGUACACUUCUUAUGUGUUGAAGUUACAGAGGCCUCGUGAAAAUUGUGAAAAAAUCUUCAGAUGAGUAAUCACAGAUCAAGAUUUCCAGUCACAGAUCUUCACUUGCUGUUGUAGAUGUGUGUAAAUUUGGACUUCAGUUGAGUUCAUAAUGGCAGUUGUUGCUCUUCAAGUAUUGUUUUUCUUGUAGUUAUGUAUGCAGUACUCUGUACUUGCAAAGACAUAUACUGGUAUAUGACAUUACCGAUGGAAUUUUAAAAAAGCAGUUGCCCAAAAGAACAGGUCAGCGACAUAUUUUACCCCCAAAUCAUUUUUCUUUUUGAGGGGAAAAACAAGAUGCUGACUAUAUUCAGGUUUACAUAAUUAUGCUGAACUCUUACAUGAUGACAGUAUUUAGUUUGACAAUUUUUAAAUGGAUUUAUGAUUAUGGACCAGUCUUUAUGCAUGUUGUUCUAUUUAUCAAAAAUGCCAAAUAAAUGGAAUAGUUUGCAGGA